UAGAGUUUGUCUCUGCGCUGCUGUGCAUAGUAGCCUUGAAGGUUCAUUAGCAUAAGCAAAAGCAACUAGACAGUCCAGAUCUACAAAGUACCUAAAUGAUCUCUAUACUAAAGCUUAGCUCUCAGAAAGUUACGGCUCGCCAUCUACCAUCCGCGCUGGAGGUCUGCAGAAGACGGCUUCAAAAAUGUAUGCAAGGCGUUCAAGGACGUUCACGAGAAGCUCAACGUGCGCGGUUAUCACCACCCCGCAGUUGACAACAUCUCGAAACAA